AUGGCUACUGACACAGGGCGAUUCAGGGGAGCUGUCAACAAAAACAAAGACCCUUCCGGGCUUCUUAUUUCUGUCAUAAGGACUUUGUCCAGUAGUGAUGACGUCCAGGACAGGGAGACAGAGAAGGGCCGUCUCGAGGAAGCCUUCGAGACGUGCGACCGGGAUCUGGACCAGCUUAUCGUGCAGCACUACGCCGAGCUCACCACUGCUAUUCGGACCUACCAGAGCAUCACCGAGCGUAUCACCACCUCCCGCAAUAAGAUCAAGCAGGUGAAGGAGAACCUCCUCUCCUGCAAGAUGUUGCUCCACUGCAAGCGGGACGAGCUGAGGAAGUUGUGGAUCGAGGGGAUUGAACACAAGCAUGUACUGCAACUCCUGGAUGAAAUUGAGAGUAUCAAGCAGGUGCCGCAACGUCUGGAGGCUUACAUGGCCAGUAAGCACUACCUCCAUGCCACGGACAUGUUGGUGUCUGCUGUGGAGUCGCUUGAGGGCCCCCUGCUGCAGGUAGAGGGCCUUGGCGACCUCCGCCUGGAGCUCCACAGCAAGAAGCUCAAUAUCCACCUGGUGCUCAUUGACGAGCUCCACCGUCACCUCUACAUCAAAUCCACCAGCCGGCUGGGGCUCAAAAACAAGGAAAAGAAUGCUGUCAGCUCUGCGGGCAAAGACGCUUCUCCCAUGCCGCCGUUGGACAUCAGCGGGCUUUCCACGCCGCGCAAACUACUGGAUUCCUCGCAAUUCAGCACGCCGGGAUCAAGCAGUGUCCGUGAACUUCAACAAGACGUGCGGGAGUCGAACCAAUUAGACCUCCCGGAGGUGGACCCGGAGGAGAACAGCGCGGAGUUCAUGGGCAUCCUCAUAAAAGCGCUGGCCAAGCUGAAGAAGAUCCCAGAGACCAUCAAAGCGAUCAUGGAGCGGCUGGAGCCAGAGCUUAAGCAGAUAGCAAAGAGGUCCACCACACAGAUCGCGGACCAUGCCUACCAAAGAGGAGAGAACCUGGUUCAGGAGAGCCAACCGAGGCUUCUGCUGGAGCUUCUGGAGCUCCUCUUUGACAAGUUCAAGGCGGUGGCGCAGGCGCACAGCGUGGUGCUGGCCCACCUGCAGCGCAUCGCCGUGCAGUGCCCGGGCGGCGCCCACGAGGAAGGCAUCAAGCUCUACGAGCAGGCAGACGUCUCCGCCAAGAUUCAGACCGUGCUGCAGGUGUUGCUAAUGGAGUAUCUGGAUGUGAAAAACAGCCGCAGCACAACUGAGCCUUCGGCCCAGCUUGCUUACGCCAGCACGGGCAGCGAAUUUGCCGCCUUCUUUGCCAAGAAGAAACCUCAGCGUGCCAAACAGUCGCUUUUCAAGUUUGAAUCAUCGUCCCACGCCAUCAGCAUGAGUGCCUACUUAAGAGAGCAGAGACGAGAACUCUACAGCAAGAGCGGAGAGUUGCAAGGCGGUGCCGACGACAACCUGAUGGAGGGCGGAGAAAUGAAGUUUGUGUGUAAGCCGGGAGCGAGGAACAUCACUGUCAUCUUCCAGCCUCUUCUCAGGUUCAUUCAUGAGAUCGAGAUGAACAUGGGAGCAGGCCAAGCCAAGCAGUGCCAACUCCGAAGCUUCCUCACGUACUACAUCAACGACCUUUUCCUCAACCAAGUACGCACGGAGAUCAACAAGGAUAUAGAGGCAGUGAGCAAGGUGGCCGACCCCUUGAAGAUCCUCGCCAGUGCUGACACCAUGAAAGUUCUAGGCGUGCAGAGACCUGUUCUCCAGAGCACCGUUGUGGUGGAAAAGUCGAUCCAGGAUCUGAUGAAUCUCAUGCAGGACUUGAGCGCCUACUCCAAUCAGUUCCUGGAGAUGGUUUGUGACAAGCUCAAGGAGUACAAGGAGACCUGCAACACAGCCUACAGGGGAAUUGUUCAGUGUGAGGAUAAGCUGACCAUCAUCAGCGCUUCCUGGUCUAAAGACGAGGACAUCAGUCGUCUGCUCCAGUCCCUCCCCAACUGGGCAAACAUGGCCCAGCCUAGACAGACGCGACAGAAACGGGAGGACGAGGAGGACUUCACCCGCGCGGCGUUCGCCAAGGAGUCGGAGGUUCUGACGGGCAACCUGGGCGACAAGCUCAUCCCUCCCAACGAAAUCCUGCGCGACGUCAGCGACCUGAAAUCCCUGGCCAACCUCCACGAGAGCAUGGAGUGGCUGGCCGGCCGCCUCAAGGCCUUCUUCGCCGGCCUGCCUCAGGGCGCCGGGUUGCCUCCGUGCACGUCCGAAAGCCAGGCGAUGGGUGACGGCGAGCGCAGCCGGGAGCAGAUCCUGCAGACGCUGGCUGACCUGGGCAGGGGCUUCAUGGACAUCGCCAACCGCUGCCUGCUUGCAUUGCACCUGGAAGUCAGAGUGCACUGCUUCCACUACCUGAUCCCGCUGACCAAGGAAGGCAACUACGCCAUCGUGGCCAACGUGGAGAGCAUGGAUUACGACCCGCUGGUGGUCAAACUCAACAAGGACAUCUCGGCCAUUGAGGAGGCCAUGGGGGCCGCCCUGCAGCAGCACAAGUUCCAGUACAUCUUUGAAGGGCUGGGCCACCUGAUCUCCUGCAUCCUCAUCAAUGGCGCCCAAUACUUCAAGAGGAUCAGUGAGUCCGGCAUAAAGAAAAUGUGCCGGAACAUCUUUGUGCUGCAGCAGAACCUCACAAACAUCACCAUGUCGCGGGAGGCCGACCUUGACUUUGCUAGGCAGUACUAUGAGAUGCUCUACAACACUGCGGACGAGCUCCUCAACCUGGUGGUGGAUCAGGGAGUGCGCUACACUGAGUUGGAGUACAUCAACGCCCUGUCGCUACUCCACCGCAGCCAGACUGGAGUAGGCGACCUGAGCACCCAGAACACCCGGCUGCAGCGGCUAAAGGAGAUCGUGUGCGAGCAGGCUGCCAUCAAGCAAGCCAGCAAGGACAAGAAGAUCACCACAGUGUGA